CCCUUCUCAAGACAAACCCACCCAAGAAAGGGAGAGAGAGAGAGAGUUUAGAGAGAGAAAGAGAGCUUUUGUUUCAGCAAAUUUGCAGAAAGGCAUCAAUGGCAUCUUUCUGCAUUGCAAAAAUGCCCCUGGCAUUGUUCUUCGUCCUCUCCAUGCUCCUUCAUGGCGCAUUCGCUGAGAUUGUAUGCGAGAAUUUGUCGAAAGACAAGUGCGCCUUUUCAAUUUCAUCAGCUGGCAAGCGAUGUGUGCUAGAGAAAUACGCAGGGAAUGAUGGUGAUGAGGCAGAGUUCCAGUGCCGCUCCUCCGAGGUGGUGGUCGAGAGGCUCAGCGAAUGGAUCGAGACCGAAGAGUGUAUUCAAGCAUGUGGACUUGAUAGAAACUCUGUCGGGAUCUCAUCGGACUCACUCCUCGAGCCACAGUUCACUGCUAAGCUUUGCGCAACAGCUUGCUUCAACAAUUGCCCUAAUGUUGUCGAUCUCUACGUCAAUCUUGCAGCUGGAGAAGGGGUGUUCUUGCCUGAGCUAUGUCAAGUGCAAAGAAUCAACCCAAGACGCGGCAUGGCCGAGCUUCUGAGCUCAGGAGUUGCGGGGGGGCCUGAGCCCUCUGUUGCAGCGUUUUCAAUGAUUGCCCCAUCUCCAUCUGCCAUAUAAAUUUAGAACUUUUUGUUUCUCUUUUUUGUGAAAUUCUCUCAUUCUUGUACAUGAUUGAGCAGAUGAUUAAAGGGGGGUUCACACUUUGUUAGUUUUUUUAUGAGAGCUUAAGCAUUUGUUCAAGCUUUAUAGCCGAGUUAUACACACCUAUUCUUAUAUAUUACAGUUCUGUUAUGAUCUAUGAAUAAACAGUAUACUUACGAGUAUUGCUAAUUACAA